AUGGUCAACAAAGCAGUCGUCCUCCCGAUAGCAUGCCUCAGCGGGAUCUGCGCGGCGAUGCUGAUUUUCAUCUGGUGGUUCUUCCCGAAGUGGUACAAGAAGGGUGUGGCGCAGGAUCAGGCCGAAAUGGACCAGGUGAUUGCACUGCGCCGUGAUAUCUUGGCCGCACGCGUGAGAGCAGCCGCCAGAGCGAACAAUGCCGAUGCCUCGAGUGGCGAUACUGGUGCUGGUGAUGCCGAGGCUGCGCAGCGGGAUCUCGAGGCCCAGGAUGCCAAGCUCGCCGCUGUUACGCAGCAUGUCUACAGGCCGCAGCCUGUUGCGGUGUUUUGA